CCGAAGAAGGGAACGCCUCCUGGGUGACUGUCAGAAAUUUUGGUGAUUUGUGUUGAUGUGGCCGAAGACUGGCGGUUCUUGAGCCAACGGGAACUGUUUACAGGAAAUAUGGACAACUCAGCCAAAGAAAAAGAGGCCAUGGUUCUCAUGGCAGAAGCCGAAAAGAAAGUCAAGUCCUCGCAGUCUUUCUUCGGCUCGUUGUUUGGGGGUUCUUCAAAGAUGGAGGAAGCAUGUGACAUGUAUGGGAGAGCAGCCAACAUGUUCAAGAUGGCAAAGAACUGGAGUGCUGCAGGAAAUGCCUUCUGUCAGGCAGCACUCCUUCACCUGCAGAUACAGAGCAAACAUGAUGCAGCAACCAACUUCAUUGAUGCUGGCAAUGCCUUUAAAAAAGCUGAUCCUCAAGAAGCCAUAAAUUGCCUGAUUAGGGCAAUCGAGAUUUAUACAGAUAUGGGUCGUUUCACAAUUGCAGCAAAGCAUCAUGUGAGCAUUGCAGAGAUCUAUGAAUCCGAGCUAGUCGACAUUGAUAAGGCUAUAGCACACUAUGAGCAAGCAGCUGAUUACUACAAAGGAGAGGAGUCCACAAGCGCAGCUAACAAGUGUCUGCUUAAAGUCGCUGCUUAUUCAGCCCAGCUGGAGCAGUACCCAAAAGCCAUUGAGAUAUAUGAACAGGUUGGAACACAAGCAAUGGACAGCACACUAUUGAAAUACAGUGCUAAGGAAUAUUUCUUUAAGGCGUGUCUCUGCCACUUCUGUGUUGAUAUGCUUAAUGCCAAGCUGGCUUUGCAGAAGUAUGAGGAAAUGUUUCCUGCCUUUUCAGACUCGCGUGAAUGCAAACUGGUCAAGAAACUUUUAGAUGCAUAUGAGGAACAGAAUGUUGACAUGUAUACUGACUCGGUGAAGGAGUAUGAUCUCAUCUCACGACUGGAUCAGUGGCUCACCACUAUCUUGCUGCGCAUCAAGAAAACUAUACAAGAGGACGAGAGUGACCUUCGUUGAUGUUAUUCUUUGCCCCAACUCUACUGCUAUUCUUGUACGCUGACCACCUGUUCCCCCCCCCCCCCCCCCCCCCCCCAAUAUCUUUGCAACUCAGACAUGGGUAAUAGGCUACAUUUAAGAACUAAAGAACAGUAAGAAAUGGCUUGUUUAGACAAGCAGAGGUUCAAAGAGCACAACCAACUGCAAUACAAUGGGCACUCUUUGCUUAAGGACAAUAGAUGCUGUGGAUUCAUGCUUUGUGCCUACUUCUAUUACUAUGCACAUACUGCCUUUUUCCACCAGUUUAUGCUUUUUUUUUUUAUAUUCACUAGUGUUGUUUGCAUCAGUGAUGCCACUGUAAUUUCACUGCAAUAACCUUUUACCACAUAAUUCAUUGAGCUUCCUUGUAUCGAUAUCCAGUUUUUUUCUUUCCUUGUUUUAUAUUUUCUAAAAUUGAUUAAAUUAAAUAUUAUUGAACUAUACACUUUUAAAAAUUGUUCAUUGCAUAUUAAAACAUAUAAUUUGAUGUUCAAAAUUUUUAUAA